UGAACCAGGAAGUGGCGCACGGAGAAAGAAACGUUCCCGACCGAAGGGAAAAGCCUUUAUUAUGCUGUCUGCAGCUCAAACGAGCAGCUCUCCGCUUCACCGUGUGGCGGUAUUAAUGUCAGACUUCAGACGAUGGUGCACGACGCCGUUCGGUACACCAAGCUAGACAGCAAUAAUCGAGAGGAAGCACUUCAUGAGGGGAGCGACGAAGAUGAAGAAGAAGCCGAAGAAGUGACGGUUUAUUUGAGGCAGCCGUCAGAUGGGCUGAAUGGAAAGGCCGUGAAAAAAGACACCUGGGUCCGGGUGAUGGUGGCUCUAGUUCUGCUGGGUAUCGUCCUUGGGUGCAUGCUGUUCGAAAGGCAUGGAUGGUGGUCUGGUCCUGAAAGCCUGCAGAGUGACCUUACCAAAGACACAAAAACCUUGGAGGAGCAUCACCACCAUGCAGGGGAGGAAGAUGAUGACCACAAAGAUGGGCAUGAUCACCAUGACUCGGAUGGCCACUCCCAUGGGCAUACUUCACUAUACCACCAUGGAGUUGUCAUGACAUCUUCAGUGAACUGCUCCAGGGUCGGUAAAGAGCUUCUGCAGGAGGGAGGAAAUGUGGUGGAUGCUGCGAUUGCUUCUCUGCUCUGCCUGGGAGUCGUCCACCCACACACAGCAGGAGUGGGUGGUGUAUUCUCAGGCAUUCUGUACAACCACACCACAGGAUCAUUCAAGACAGUACGUUCAAUUGCACCACACUCACUCUUAGCCACUUAUGGGAUUCCAUCCAUUCUUCAGGGCAUAAAAGCACUGCACUGUCAGCAUGGACAAUCUGACUGGAGCAGGCUUUUCAAGGAAGCCAUAGUGCUAGCUGAGGAUGGUUUCUUCAUUGACAAUGUCUUGGGCAGGGCCUUGGAGACCCACGAGAGUGAAAUUCUGCAGUCCAAGCUGUGCAGUGUGUUUUGUGACACGAGUGGACGCGUGAAAUCUGCAGGCGCGCCUGCCGCCAACCGGAAUCUAUCAGAGCUGUUGCGGGCGGCUAGCCUAAAUGAGUCCCAUUUCCCAGAAACGCUGGCCAUGAAAUUGGCUGAAGACCUCUCGGCACGCGAGGGGCCCACUUUCUUAGCCGCCCUUCAGCGUAGCCAUGGAGAAAUCAAUGACUCCCUUAUCACGCAGGGAGAGAAAUACACUGUCCUUUCAGCCAGCUCCCCUUUCGCUGGACCGAUGCUAUCUGAUAUAUUAGAGCAAGUCAGGGAGCAAAGCCUUUCCUUUCAGAGUGAUGCUGGAGAUUUUAACAGGGCCGCCGCCUCUUUCUCCAGCCUCUUAAACUUGAUUCAAGGACUCAACAAUACAGCCCUGGCUGAGAAGAACCUAGACCUCAUGGAGUUAUUUGCUCUCAAUACACAAAGCAGUCACAUCGGAGUGCUGGACAGGCAGGGUAAUUUUAUCAUUCUGACAGCUUCGCUCAAUGACACGUGGGGUUCUGGCCGAUUCUUGCCAUCAAGUGGAGUUAUCCUCAGCAGCUUUACGUCAGAAAUCUCUGACUUGCCUUACUUUAAUUUUCCAUUGGUUCUAAAGAUCAACAGUGAUGGCGAUGAUCAGGAAGACAAUGAAGAAGACAGCGAAGUAGUGGUCAUCGGCACUACUGGAGGUUUUUCAGCCUUACUUAAUGCUGUUAUUCUCCUGCAAAGGAUUGACUUUGGAAUGGCUUCUACAGAUGCUAUUCAUAGCCCUCUUCUCCAUCUGCAGCAAGGAAGCUCUACAGCUAUGGCCAUUUGCCUGUCUUCUAUUUCAAAUAGCUCAGACAUCUAUAGGCUGCUUUCGGAGACAGAUGGUCACCUACAGCAGGUGGAGGAGUGCUUAGAUUGUUCCCUAUCCAUGGUACUGAGGUUACAUGCAGAACAUGUUGGCGCAUAUGCAGCUCCUGUGAUCAGCGCUCAUGCUGAUGGCUACUAAUGGAAGUACAAAUAUACAGCAUAGCAUUGCAAGAUAGGGCCACUCUUCAUUUCAAUGGUCCCCUAUAGCUUCUCUACACAUCUUCAGAACAAAUCCUCAUAUCUCCAAAAUGGUAAUGUUUUGGAACAUUUUGGAUAGUUUCUGUUGUUCCAGUCAUCAUGAAACUUUUAUGCAACAUAAAGGGCAGUUGGUGUUUUAAAAUUAUACGAAAUAAUAGUAAAUGACAAAAAAAAAAGAUUACCCGUUAUUGAAAAUGAUGUUAAAUGUUAAACAUGAAUGUAAUAUGCAAAGGCAACGACAUACAGAACAUAACUAUUUUAAUGUAUAAUGAUAUGUAUCAUUUCAUUAGUAGAAGAGGAUGUGAUGUUUAGUAGCAGAUUUAGACAAGCAUCUACACAGCAUCUACAGUGAACCAUCACAGGACACUUCCAACAUUAUAAUAAACGAUGAUGUCAAUGCACUAAAUAAGACUUGGCAAGUGUUUUUCAGCUUAAUCUCUAUCUGACGGUAUCUAAUUAUCAAUUUAUUUAUGCAUGUGGUUAAUUAUACGGACAGUAAUUUUGAGGUGUUCUAUUAAAAAAACUGUUAACUUGAAAAAACACUUCCAUGAUUAAGUAACUGCCCACUGACUUCUGUUUAAAUGGUGCUUUUGAGUCAGUGGGUUUUCUAUUAUUUUCUUGGUGUUUAAAUUGUUGUCGGUGCUAAUCAGCCAUACGCUAUAGAUACAGCAGAAAAGGAUUGGCUUGAAACCUGGAGUAUUCCUCCUCAAUAAUUCUUCCAUAAUAGAGAAAUUGAGUUGUCUGAGCUUAAUCAGAUCAACCUAAACCAAUCAUCAGGUUGAUCUACACCAACAUUCUGUGGUCUAUCACUAUGUCAGCGAUACAGAGGACCGUCACAGGACAGGAUAUCUGUACAGUCUUGAGUGCGUUUUGCAUAACGUGCAAAUGGCAAAGCCAUUAACUUUGCUCGUCAUGCACUGUCUGCUUUCCAGGUUGGUGUGGCCAGGCAGACGGACAACAUUAUCUGCCUACCUCUGGAUAGCCGCCUGCUUGUUACAUUAAUUUAGAUGAAUGUGCACGAGGCAUGUAUAUUGAUGCCUGGCUUCACACACCGGGGUCUUAUCAGAGCACUGCUGCCUGAGGGCUUACCUGCAUACCCUUCCCCCUUUGAUAAAUCUUGAUUUUGCACACAGCAGGUGAGCGGUCCUCGCUGAUGGAAAAAAUUGCUUUCUUUAUUGCUGCGGAGGCAGAUUUUUUACCCACCCCCUUCCUCCUUUGAUUGUAAAAGAUGUGGUCUGUCUUCGUCGGCUUCUGCUGUCGACUUUGAUUUUCGUUCCCUGGGCGCACUGUAGUGUGCCAUUCCUCUCUUCUGCUCUGCUGUUCUAAAUCACCAGUGUCUGGCAAAAACAGUGGGACAGAAUAUAUCAGAGUUCAGGCCAUUCUGUUCCAAAAUGUGCCAUGCUUGCUUGAAGCUCUAUCUGAAAACUCUGUGUUUAAGGCAAAACUGCUGGCUUAGAUUUUACUACCAAGCUUAUUUUGAACUAGUGUUUUGAAAGAGCCAGUAGUUUUGUAUUGUCUUUGGCCCUCCAAAAUGAUAACUUCAUCGGUGAAGGGAAAAAGUUAAAUGCAGUGAUGUGAUUCUGUAUUUGCAUUAAAGUGUUUUUACCUGAGCAUAUUGUGGAAACAUCUUUUUGAGAACUGCAUGUACUGUGAGAAACACAGAUUUAGAUUUAUUUUGUAGUUCGGUUCCAUUCGUCUGGCCCAAAGCAAAAAAUGAUACGUUAUUGCAUUUUGGUCUUGGUUUUCUUAGCGUUCACACUGACAUAUGUAACAUUAAACCAAAAGAUGUAAACAAAUGUUAAACGAGUAACAAGUUACAACUGACUGGACAGAUUUUAUGAUGUACAGUAACUGUGGUAAGGUAAGUCUUGUUCUACCUGUCUAGUGAUUUUAGAGCUAUAAGCCACAACCCUCGCUGCAUUACUGUGGUACCUUGGACGUGAAGCAGGGUAAAAUCCCUGUAACAGCCUAGAGUAUUUUCUAAUGACUUCAAACAUGCCUCAGCCUCGUUUAAAACCAAAAUGAUUCAUUCUAUAAUUACAGAUUCAGAGCUUAUGAUGGGACAUAACAAAUGCACAAAACAGCAUCAGACAUCUGUCUUCUCCACAUACCAAAGACGUUAUGCAGAAAAGAGAUGAUGGUUCAUUCUAUCUUAUGUUCGUUUCAGUGUCUUUGGUGUGCAUUGCAUUCAUACUUUAAAUGAACCUUGAGUUUGUUUUGAAGCAAACCAAGACCAACCUGCUCUGGGGGUCUCAGUCCACUUAUUUGGUGCACACCAAAGUUCAGAUGGCAGGAUGGAGAGCUCACUUACAGAGCAAUUGCACCAAGGUUCAUUUUAAUGAAAUCAAAAAAUCUGAACACACUAUUAGACCAAUUAAAAACAGCCUUUACACAGUAACAGUAACUGUUUACUAACUAAACAAAUUGCAUAAUAACAAUUAGUUGAUUAGAUGUCAGUCCAUUAUGCUAUUUUCCUAGUUUAGAACUGUUUUAUUGGACAGUUAGUUGAUUUCUCUUUGUUUCUUCUUAAAUAAGUGAAAAGAAAAGUUUUUUAUAAUGUGGUUUUGCAGUUUUGCUGGUGCAUUUCCUUCAUUCCAACAUGUUUGUAAUCUCCAGAAAGAAAACAGUGCUGUGAUAUACAGACAGGUGACAAAGGAGAAACCAACAUCAGAUGGGCCACCACAAGCUGCCAAAACAGCUUCCAUGUGCCUUGGCAGGGAAAUCUACGCUGGAAGGAUGAAACAGGAUUCUUCCAAAAAUAUUCCCUUUGUUGGUUUAAUAAUGGUGGUGAAGAGUCUGACAUGUUGGUCCAAAAUCUCCUACAAGUGUCACAUUGGGUUUAGAUCUAGUCUGCGAAAGCCAUAGCAUAUGAUUUACUUCAUUUUCAUAUUCAUGAGAUCAUUCAGUGACCCCUCGUAACCUGUGAAUGAGGGUAUUGUCAUCCUGGAAGAGAAUACUCCCAUCAGGAUCAAAAUGUUUCAUCACAGGAUAAAGGUGGUCAGUCAGAAUAACUUUGCAUUUGUCUUUUUAUUUAUGCACUGCCUCCUUCCUCUAACAUCCCUCUUUAUGAAGUAGUGGAUGGGCUGUUCUUGCUGUAGCAGUCUCGUCACGUUCUGUAUUGACAUUCUCGGUCACCUGAGGAGCAGCUAUUCUUCUGUUUUUCCUUUUUUUGCACUAAUGCACAAGCAUCACGCUCAUUGAAUGUGUGCUUUCAUCCAAAGUUUCAAACUCUGUAUAAUGAUGUCUUUCCUAUAAGUCUACAUUCAGAUGUCAUUUCAGUCACUGUUCAUAUAGAAACACUGACUAGUUGAGCAGUCUUUGGGACUGAAGCUCCUGCCAUCCAUGUCCCAAUAAUGAACCAUCUUUAAAAGUCACUUAUAUCCUUUCUUCUUGCCAUCAUGUUCAAAACCUGAGGUCAGCUAAGCCUGCUCAGUAUGUUUAUACCUCACAGAGAAUGAUAGGAUGCUAAUUACAGGAUUGUAUGCAGUACAUCUGUCUGGAAGAAACUUCACUUGUAUGUUUCAUCUCUUUUAUUCAGCUUUUUCAUUUAGCUUGUCAUCUGUCUGUGUGUAAUGAAUCAUGACAAAAUCUUCAAGAACUGUAUUUUUUUUUUCAUUUUUUGCCAUAUUGCAGACCGUUGCUUUAGUGUACAUUGAUUUAAGGAGAUUUUAUUCAAAUCAGUUUUAAAACAUUUUGUCUGUCAUGAAGUGUUCACAUAACAUGAAGGGCAGCAUUUUUAGUCAUAUGAAGCUGAUGAUAUCAUAAUGAUAUGAUAAUGUAAUCAGUAAGUAAUUGAAGUAUCGUUUUAUCGGUCAACCAAGAUUCAUUAUCUGUGAUGAUUUUGAAUCUACACAGCACAAUUCUGGCCUUAUCUGCCAAAUUAUACCGUUUUAAAUGUUUACCUUUUUUAAAUCUUGCACUGAAGCCUCAAAAAUAGCCUAAAUAUAAAAAUGUAUGUUUUUGUGAUGCUGGAUGUGAACAAAUCUAAUUCAUGUGUAAUUGCGUUGCACUGAAAUGACUUAUGGAGAUCUAUGUGAGUUUUUACUGAAAACCAUCAAAGUAAAUGCUAUAUUUCUCUUAA